AACGUUAGUUCGGCCUCCUGGUCUCUAUUCUUCAUGACUUUAGUCAAUCCUCUUUGAUCAUACCUUAUGGUACGCUUAUUCGAGAUAUUUCGAGGUUCGCUCGCAUCGCGCGGUUCCGUGAGGCGUUCAGUAAUACUCGGCAACUAAGCUAAUAGUCCCAUGGAUAGCUCGGACCUCGCUGUCUAACUAAUUUGCGCGCAAUGCGCCAGAGAUUCUCUCACAAUGCGAGUAAAGAUUCUCUGUGAAAUGGCACGAGUGCUGACGGUUUAAAUGAAAGUAGAAAAAAAUCGAUUGUCACACGCCUACAUAUCGUCCUCAUAGAAUCAACGGAGCAUAAAGAGUGUUGAAGCAUAGUUUUUACGCCUCUGGCUCUAAGCUAUGCAUAUACAGGCGUACUGGCGAGAUUCUAGUCUUUGGGUUCCAUAUAAUAUAAUGGUGGGCGCAUAGGAACCGAAACCUACAAUCCAGAACCACUUUAGCUUCCUGUCAUGAUGUUAUACCCCAAAGUUCUGUCAAAUCGUGGUGGGGGUAAAUAAUUGAAUGUGGGAAGUUUCAAUUUAGGUUAGGUUAGAACAUCAGAGUGCGAAAAGGGGCAAAAGGGAGGAACAGAAUAUCGAUCCGCACGUUGCUCUCCUGCCUCCCGUAUAAUUUUGAUGUGCCAGUGACGAUACGGCACGGAGUUUACCUUUUUCUUUCCUCCCAUUAUAAUUUGCCGUUGAGUAUAAUUGAAAUAAAACAUUCAUUGGAGUAUCCAAAGGGGCCAGCUUAUUGAACAAAAACAAACUAUCCAAGGAUUUGUUACGCAAAAUGACGGCGUCAUCAAAGAUACAACGUAGUUUCCCAUGGAAAAAAGGUUCGUUGUUGCUUCUCCUUCUCAUUGGUGCUGUUAUUGCCUAUGAUUGCCGGAACCAUGGCUCUUUCGAAGCUUCGAGCACAGGCAGAUUGGUGAAGAUGAGUGGUGCUGGUAGAUACAUCCAGAAAGUUCUUGCAGCCACGAAAUUUUAUUCCGACCAGGGAUUAAUCUACUUGGAGGCAGCAUCGCCUGAGUAUUAUAAGGUUGUUGCUGAUUCAACUAAGCAGUACUCUAAAUUGGCUGGUGAUUUCUACCUCGUUGGAAGGAACUCAGUGAUGAAAAUCUAUAAUAAUACUGCCGACUAUGUCGAGCUGAAAAGACCAAUUUUUUUAGCUAGCAUUGAGGAGUAUUUCCCAGGGUGGAUUCAGACAUUCCAGACAGUUGCAGUCGAACUAUUGGAAAACACCAAGAAAUAUUCUAUUUCAGCCGCUGAUUACGUCGUUGAAAUAUCAACGAUCUUCAUUCAAUGGCUAGAAACAAGGAUUUUUGUGGGAAACUGGAGUCCAGAAAAUAUUAGAAGUUACGCGUGGAAAGCAGUUAAUUCAACUCAAGAAUACGCUACUCAAACCUACGAUUGGGUGUACGAGAAAGUUCAAACUCUCUCAAAGGUCCAGUAAACAGCCAAAAGAAAAUCAUGAUAAAAACGUAUGCAUGGAGGUGUAGAGGGAGACAAGAGGCCGUUAAAAAAUCUUAAUAUUGAAGAUUUAAAGAGAAAAAAACAAAAAAACAUUGCAAAAACCUAUCUUAUGUUUCUGCAUUCACUUGAAUUUAUAGGAAUAACGAUUAAUUGUUCAAUUGAUUAAAUAUGUAUAUCUCUGGGAUCAUUGCGACAACCAUUUUAGCUGUGAUAUUUCAAAGAACAAAAAAAUUUAUAGCGUCUCGUGAAAUAUCUCGUAUUAUUCGAAUGGUGCCCCUUUCACUCCCGUGAACUAAUGACUAAAAACAGUAAAAUAAAUAUCGAUAAAUUAUCAUUUUCUUUGUAUUAUAUUGAGUCACUCUGGUAUUCAAUUGUAGCGAAUGCAAUAAGGGCGAGUAAAUGGAAGAUCUAUUAUUCUGAACCCUCAACUGUUCUUUUUUCCAUCCUUUCCUCUUACCCGCCCCCCCCUCCACCCUCGCCAUAAAUAAAAAUUAAUGGUUCUUGUAUAUUUUUAAA